AAUUUGUCAUAGCCUUCGGGAGCAGUUCGUCAUAGACCCACCCCGAGCUCCGGCCGCACCGUGCCAUUCCCUGCCGCCUCUUCCUGCUCGCGCUGCCACCCCGAGCUGCGCCUGGGAGCCCGCGACUUCCUUACGUGGCUCUGCGGCAGCCGGCGUUCGGUCCCGGCUCGCAGCAAUGCUCCGGGUGAUCGUAGAGUCCGCUUCCAAUAUCCCCAAAACCAAGUUUGGGAAGCCAGAUCCGAUUGUUUCCGUAGUUUUUAAAGAUGAAAAGAAGAAAACAAAGAAAAUUGACAGUGAACUCAAUCCUGUUUGGAAUGAGAUUCUUGAAUUUGACUUGAAAGGAAUCCCUCUGGAUAAUUCAUCUUCCCUGACAGUUGUUGUGAAGGAUUUUGAAACAAUUGGACAAAACAAGUUAAUUGGCAGUGCAUCCAUAGCACUUAAGGAUCUUGUAGGUAACCAAAGCAGAUCGUGUCCCUUCAAACUCAUACCUCUGCUAAAUGAAAGAGGACAAGAAACAGGAGCAACAAUAGAUUUGGUAGUAGGAUAUGAGCCGCCAGCUGGACCUGCAAAUCCAAAUGACCCAGGAGGGACCAAUACACAAGAAGCAGAUGGAGAAGAUGAUGGAGAUUGUGAAGAUGUCCUGGAUGGUGCUGUUGCUGGCAUCACACCAACAGUUCCAAGUGGCACAAGGGAAGCCCAGCUAGCUAGGCGCAUCACCAAAGGAAAGAAAACACGCAGAAUCCUUUCUAACAAACCACAGGAUUUUCAGAUUCGUGUUAGAGUUAUCGAAGGUCGUCAGUUACCUGGAAAUAACAUAAAACCAGUCGUCAAAGUUCAUGUUUGUGGUCAGACACAUCGAACGAGAAUCAAAAGAGGAAACAACCCUUAUUUUGAUGAAAUAUUUUUCUACAAUGUCCACAUGACUCCUUUAGAGUUGUUUGAUGAAACAAUUAGCAUUCGGGUAUAUGAUUCUUACUCCCUGCGAGCAGACUGUCUAAUGGGAGAAUUUAAGAUUGACAUUGGCUAUGUCUAUGAUGAACCUGGCCAUGCAGUCAUGAGAAAAUGGCUUUUGCUGAGUGAUCCCGAGGAUACAAGUUCAGGAGCUAAAGGCUAUAUGAAAGUCAGCAUGUUUGUCCUGGGAACUGGAGAUGAGCCACCAGUUGAAAAAAGGGAAAGAGAUAAUGAAAGCGAUGAUGUGGAGAGCAAUCUGUUACUACCAGCUGGAACUGCACUUCGAUGGGUCACGUUUCUUCUCAAAAUCUACAGAGCUGAGGACAUUCCACAAAUGGAUGAUGCUUUUGCACAGACUGUCAAGGAAAUAUUUGGAGGAGAAGCAGACAAGAAAAACCUGGUAGAUCCCUUUGUAGAAGUUUCUUUUGCUGGAAAAAAGGUUUGCACAAACAUAAUUGAGAAAAAUGCUAAUCCAGAGUGGAACCAAAUUGUUUACCUUCAAGUCAAGUUUCCCUCAAUGUGUGAGAAAAUAAAGCUUGCAGUUGUUGACUGGGAUCGUCUUACCAAAAAUGAUGUAGUAGGAACAACUUAUUUAAGUCUCUCAAAAAUUGCUUCUUCUGGAGGGGAAGUUGAAGAGUUUUCAUCUUCGGGAACUGGGUCUUCAUCAUAUGAAGGCUUAGUUAACACCGGAGAAACAGAAGUUGGCUUUUUACCAACGUUUGGGCCUUGUUACUUAAAUUUCUACGGAAGUCCAAGAGAAUACACAGGAUUCCCAGAUCCAUAUGAUGAAUUAAAUUUUGGAAAGGGAGAAGGAGUUGCUUAUAGAGGAAGAAUUCUGGUUGAACUAUCUACAGUGCUUGAAAGCAAACCUGUUAAUAAAAAGUUAGACAUGAUUCCUAAUGAUGACAUACUGGUUGUUGAGAAGUACCAGCGCAGACGAAAGUUCUGCUUGGCUGCUGUCUUUCAUUCUGCUACCAUGCUGCAAGACACUGGUGAGCCUAUCCAGUUUGAAGUUAGCAUCGGUAACUAUGGCAACAAGUUUGAUACCACCUGUAAACCUUUGGCAUCGACAACUCAGUACAGUCGUGCUGUUUUUGACGGUAAUUAUUAUUACUACCUGCCAUGGGCAAACACAAAGCCAGUGGUAACACUGACUUCUUUUUGGGAGGACAUAAGUCAUAGGUUGGACCCUGUGAAUGUAAUCCUGAACAUGGCUGAAAGACUGCAAUCCAACUUAACCAACUUAAAAUCAGGAAUGCAGGCUAAAAUUUCUGAAAACAGAUUAGCUGAGAUGUGGCUGAAGCUGAUUGACGAACUUACAGACGAUAUAAGUAAACCAUUUCCCCUCAUAGAAGGCAAAUCUAAUAUUACAGUCCUUGACACUCAGAUAGAAAAACUGCGCCUAAGGUCUCUCAGACAGAUUGGAGAAGCAGCAACAAGGAUGAGAAAUGAAGCUACUGAUGUGAAAACCACUUUGACAGAAAUUGAAGAUUGGUUGGAUAAAUUAAUGCAACUGAGUGAAGAGCCACAAAACAGUAUGCCUGAUGUAAUCAUAUGGAUGAUCCGAGGCGAGAAAAGGCUGGCUUAUGCUCGUGUUCCUGCACACCAAGUGCUGUAUUCCACCACAAGCCCUAAAUCAUCUGGUAAAUACUGUGGAAAGACACAAACAAUCUUCUUAAAGUACCCACAGGACAAGAUGAAAGAUGUCAAAAUGCCUGUGGAGUUGCGAGUUAACAUUUGGCUUGGGCUCAGUGCAGUUGAAAAGAAGUUCAACAGCUUUGCAGAGGGAACAUUCAGUGUUUUUGCAGAAAUGUAUGAAAAUCAGGCUCUUCUUUUUGGAAAGUGGGGUACCUCAGGACUUGUUGGUCGCCACAAGUUUUCUGAUGUCACAGGAAAAAUCAAACUGAAAAGAGAGUAUUUUCUACCCCCAAAAGGCUGGGAGUGGGAAGGAGAAUGGAUGGUUGAUCCUGAAAGAAGUUUGUUGACUGAAGCUGAUGCUGGUCAUACUGAGUUUACUGAUGAAGUGUAUGAGAAUGAGAAUCGUUAUCCUGGAGGAGAAUGGAAAGCUGCUGAAGAGAGUUUCACGGAUGUGAAUGGAGAAAAAGCUCCACCACCACGCGAGUUCACAUGUCCUGUUGGAUGGAUGUGGGAAGAUGAUGCUUGGAAAUCAGACUUAAAUCGAGCAGUGGAUGAGCAUGGAUGGGAAUAUGGAAUUACUAUUCCUCCAGACACUAAACCAAAGUCAUGGGUUGCUGCAGAGAAAAUGUAUCAUACACACCGACGACGAAGACUGGUGCGGAAGCGUAAGAGGGAUUCAUCUCAGACAAUAACAACAGGAAGGGGAAUGUCAUCAUACGAAGAUCAAGAAGGAUGGGAAUAUGCUUCUUUGAUUGGUUGGAAAUUUCACUGGAAACAACGUAGUUCUGACACUUUCCGUCGAAGACGAUGGAGACGAAAAAUGGCUCCCUCCGAGACUCACGGUGCUGCAGCUAUCUUUAAACUUGAAGGUGCUUUGGGGGCAGACUCUAGUACCGAUGAUGGAGAAGGGAAGGGUUCAGACAAAACCAAGGAGUCAGCUACAAAGGUGUUUGGUGCCAAUACGCCAAUUGUUUCCUGCUACUUUGACAGGGUAUAUACUUACCAUCUUCGCUGUUACAUAUACCAGGCAAGAAAUCUCAUGGCUUUAGACAAAGACAGCUUUUCAGAUCCAUAUGCUCAUGUUUCUUUCCUCCAUCAAAGUAAAACAACUGAGAUCAUUCAUUCAACUCUAAAUCCUACAUGGGACCAAACUCUCAUAUUUAAUGAAAUUGAGAUCUAUGGGGACCCACAGACAGUAGCCCAAAAUCCACCUAAUGUUGUUAUUGAACUGUUUGACAGUGACCAAGUGGGUAAAGAUGAAUUCCUUGGAAGAAGUGUUUGUUCUCCCAUGGUCAAGUUAAUCCCAGAAGAGGACAUCACACCAAAACUGCUCUGGUAUCCUGUAACAAAUAAUGGCAAAGCUAGUGGAGACAUUCUUUUUGCUGCAGAACUUAUUUUAAGGGACAAGAGCGGCUCCAACCUUCCAAUUCUGCCAUCACAAAGAGCGCCAAAGCUUUACAUGGUACCUCAAGGAAUCAGACCAGUAGUUCAACUCACUGCUGUUGAGAUUCUGGCUUGGGGACUGCGGAACAUGAAAAACUACCAGCUGGCACCUGUUAUGUCACCGAGUCUCAUAGUGGAAUGUGGGGGUGAAAUGGUGGAAUCUGCAGUGAUUAAAAACCUCAAAAAGACGCCAAAUUUUCCAUCUUCUGUUCUCUUCAUGAAAGUUCUUUUGCCAAAAGAGGAGUUGUACAGUCCAUCUCUUGUUAUUAAAGUGAUAGACCAUAGACCGUUUGGACGGAAGCCCAUUGUGGGACAGUGUACUAUUGAUUUACUAGAAAGCUUUCGCUGUGACCCCUACACUACUAUAGAAGACAUUGCUCCACAACUGAAAGUUAGUCUACUCUCUGCUCCACCUCGCCGGGAUACUGUAAUUGAAAUGGAGGACACGCAACCACUGCUAGCAGCUCAGUGUUUAAGCAGUAUGUCAACAGCACUCAGCAAAAUGGCUUCUCCAACCACAGUGCAUCUUACAGAAAAGGAGGAAGAAAUUGUUGAUUGGUGGAGCAAAUUUUAUGCUUCAAUAGGAGAACAUGAAAAAUGUGGGCAGUACAUUACAAAAGGAUAUGAUACAUUGAAGGUGUAUGACUGUGAACUGGAAAAGGUACCUGAAUUUAAUAACCUAACAGAUUUCUGUGAUACAUUUAAGCUGUACAGAGGCAAAUCUGAGGACAGUGAUGAUCCAUCAGUUGUUGGGGAAUUUAAGGGAUCCUUUAAAAUCUAUGCAUUACCCGAUGACCCCACUACUCCAGCUCCUCCCCGCCAGUUCCGGGAGUUACCAGACAGCGGGCCUCAGGAGUGCAUUGUGCGAAUUUAUAUUGUUAGAGCUUUGCAGCUGCAACCCCAGGAUAAUAAUGGGCUGUGUGAUCCUUAUAUAAAAAUAUCCCUAAGCAAAAAAGUAAUUGAAGACAGAGAUAAUUAUGUGCCUAAUACUCUCAACCCAAUUUUUGGCAGAAUGUAUGAACUCAGCUGCUUCUUACCUCAAGAAAAAGAUCUGAAAAUUUCAGUCUAUGAUUAUGACACAUUGACUCGUGAUGAAAAAGUAGGUGAAACCAUAAUUGAUCUUGAGAACAGAUUUCUGUCUCGUUAUGGAUCUCACUGUGGCAUCCCACAGCAGUACUGCAUUUCAGGUGUGAAUACCUGGCGUGAUCAGCUGAAACCAACCCAGAUAUUGCAAAACAUAGCCAGAUUUAAAGGCUAUGCUCCUCCUGUCUUCUCUGAAAAUGGUAGAAGGAUUACCUACGGGGGACGAGACUAUAUUUUGGAGGAAGUCGAAGCUAAUAACGUACUACAUCAGCAUCUUGGUCCAGGUGAAGAGCGGCUCGCCCUUCAUAUCCUCAGAACCCAGGGUUUGGUACCUGAGCAUGUGGAGACGAGGACCUUAUAUAGCACUUUCCAGCCCAACAUCCCUCAGGGAAAGCUCCAGAUGUGGGUUGAUGUUUUCCCCAAAAGCUUAGGACCUCCAGGCCCUCCCUUCAACAUCACUCCCCGAAAAGCCAAGAAGUAUGUCUUACGAGUGAUUGUCUGGAACACCAAAGAUGUCCUUCUGGAUGAAAAGAGCAUCACAGGGGAAGAAAUGAGCGACAUUUAUGUGAAGGGAUGGAUGCCGGGUAAUGAGGAAAAUAAGCAGAAAACAGAUGUUCACUACCGAUCGCUGGAUGGUGAAGGAAACUUUAACUGGAGAUUUGUUUUUCCUUUUGACUAUCUCCCAGCGGAGCAACUCUGCAUAGUUUCCAAAAAGGAACAUUUUUGGAGUCUUGACAAGACAGAAUUCAGAGUCCCACCCAAACUGAUCAUCCAGAUAUGGGAUAAUGACAAAUUCUCCCUGGAUGAUUAUCUUGGUUUCGUGGAACUUGAUUUACAUAAAACAAUAAUUCCAGCAAAAGUUCCAGAGAAAUGCAAUAUAGACAUGAUUCCAGAAUACAAAGCGGACAGUUCUCAGAAGACUCCCAUGACUGCAUCUCUCUUUGAACAGAAAUCCAUGAAGGGGUGGUGGCCAUGUUGUGUUGAAAAGGAUGGCUCUCGCAUUUUAGCGGGUAAAGUGGAAAUGACAUUGGAAGUUGUCAAUGAAAAAGAAGCUGAGGAAAGGCCAGCUGGUAAAGGAAGAGAUGAACCCAACAUGAAUCCCAAACUAGAUCUACCAAACCGACCAGAUACUUCCUUCCUUUGGUUUACAAAUCCCUGCAAGACAAUGAAAUUUAUUGUGUGGCGCAGGUUUAAAUGGCUCUUCAUAGGCCUUAUCAUCUUGUUGAUUGUACUCUUGUUUGUAGCAGUACUCCUCUAUUCAUUGCCGAACUACUUGUCAAUGAAGAUGGUGAAACCAAUUUAAAGAAGAGUUUUUUCCUCAUCUUUUUAAAUAGCAGUGAGGUUUUGCCUCAGGCUGUGGACCGAAGUCAGCAAGGCUUUCCAUGCAUUUUGUCUGAUACUAUUUUGAACUGGAAAGUAGAUGACAAGUAAGAAUUUAACCAUGAUUAUCCAAGACUCAAGGGGUCAUGACUGGUAUUUUAAAAAGCAAACAAACAAAAGACCCUCGUGUAUAUUUCUUGACUACAGUAAUAUCUAUCUAUGGUAAGGCUCUGAUUUCCCUUGCUUUUAUACUAGAUUUUUCAUGAAAAUCACUCAGGAAAACUGCCAGUUCUUGCUCUAUUUUCUAACAGAUACUUCUUUUGAGAAUUCCUCUCCAUUGGUGCACUUCAAAACUUUGCAUUUUAAAUUAAUGAAAACCAAGCACCACUUAUUAUGUGUACCAAAGAACGUCUUACAGUGUAAUUAAAGAUGGGUCAGAUGAUUUUAUAAAAUGUUUCAGCAUCAUUCUGCUUAAAACACUUAGUUAUUGCAGUGUAGAUUUGACAUCACUGUACGUAUCUGAACAACAACUGCAUGCAUGCAGAAAUAACUACAUUAAUAUACUGCUUACUUACUGUAAUUUUAAAAUGGUUAAAUAAACUUAUUCACAAGAAAAAUGCAAGUUUCCAAAUUAGCCUACUGCAAAACUACAAUGCAUUAGGUAUUAUGUAGACUCUAUAAUGUAGCAUCUAUCAGAAGAUAGCAGUGCUGCUAAUCUGGAGUUUAAGGAAUUUUACUAUUGUCAUUACAGUGAAGAAUAAGGAAAUACUUCUGCACAAAAUUUAAUGAAAAUCAAAUUUUUGGUGAAAAAUCUCUCAAGCAUCUUGAUCUAUGAAUGAGAGAUCAGAGCUGGCACUAAUCCCCAUCCAGACAGAUUGUCCCUUCAAGAAUAAUGAAACAGCACUCCAGAAAUUACUGACGAGUGCAUCAUCUAUCAAUAAAAUCUAUCUCAGUCAGUACCAUAGAUAUGACAGAGGGUAAAAAUCACAGCAGCUUUCUUUUCAUUGUACUUCAAAAAAAUAUGUUGCUUGUAAUGGUUGUCAUUAGACAAGCAUUUAGCUUUAAGGAGGGAUUUAAGAACAGCAUUCCUCAGAAUGCAGAUAUAAAAUGGAGCAGAGAUCCAAGCAAGACUCUCCCCUUAGCGUUUCAAGAGUUUGAUACUCUCUUCCAGCUGCCUCUGUGCAAGCAUGCAUAGGCUUGACGGUUUUGCUACAAUUAUGCAAAUAUUACUUUAAAAUGUAACUGAAAAGUUGGAGAAUCCAUUCUGGCUCCCAGCUCACCCCAGAAACAAAGCAAGCACAUGUUCACAAGCAAGUAAACCUCAGCAUUAUCAGUUACAUACACUGCUAGUCACAGCUGUAAUCCUAGAUGUAACUGUUACGCAUGACUCCAAAAUACAGUAGCUUAAAAAGGCUGUAGCAAAGAUUUAGCUCUGUGUGGGUAACAACUUCGUGCUGUUUCUUGCCAUGCCCGUUUUGCUCCAGGUGCCAGCAACUGAGAGUAACACCCUUCAAAGCCACAGAAAAAAAAUGGUCCUUACAAUAGGGAAUGAAUUAACCCUAGGAAUUCCUCACAGCAAGAGGGAAUAUUCCACAGAUAUUCCAGGAGGAUAUUCUGUGAGUUUGCAUUGCCUCAAUUAAUAACCUGUUAAAUAUACAUGGCCGUAACGGUUUGGUUUUUUUGUGGUUUUUUUUUUUUUUUUUUGAAACUACUCUAAAAACAAGACUUUUGUUUAACUGUCUUCUUACUGCAACUAGGCACACUUCUACAUUUGAUCUGUGUUUUGGCAUAUGGGAGUCACAAGUUGCACACUUUUCUAAUCAGAUUUUCCUUGAAGGCCUAGAACAGGCCCUUGUCAUAGUUUCCACAAACUGUGCACUUCAAGUUUGCAAUGUUAGAGCAGCUUGAGAAAUACAUCCACCCAAUCAAAAAACAAAUCCAGCCUUCAAACAGAAAGUGAAGAAGGUCAGGUCACUGCAGAUGCACAGUAUUUCAGUUUUUCAGUAGUAUUCAGAAGAACUAAAAGAAAUAAACUCGCUCUUCGGCAAUUACAGAGGCACUGUCAUCCAAAAUACUUGGGGCUCGGUAGCGAUGUGUCCAGUGCAGGGGCACUCCUGUCACAAGUCCUUGGUACACAGACUCUUUGUUCCAGAGAUGUUUUCCUCGAUCCAAAAUGACUUCUCUAUUUUGGAAAAAUAAAAUCUAUUUGAGUCUA